UGUACAGAAAAUGGGCAACCGCUGUUUGGGAUGCAUUCAGGCUACUUCGUCAGCGAUUUUCGACUACAACACCGUGAAGCUGAUGCACAUUCGUAAUCAGAAGAUUGGUUUCGUCUACAGACUUGUGCAAUUGUCUAUCAUUGGCUACAUUCUAGGCUAUGUUAUUAUCUUCAAGAAAGGUUAUCAACAAACAGACUCAGUUGUGAGUUCGGUGACCACCAAGAUGAAGGGGACGGCAAUGACAAAAGGUCCUAAUGGAACGUUAUGGGAUGUAGCUGAUUAUGUUGUGCCUCCUGAGGAACAUAACGCUGUAUUCGUAACAACCAAUGCUAUCAUUACACCAAACCAGGUCCAAUCAGUUUGCCACGAGGAUCCUCAUCUCGCUCCAUGUGUCUCAGAUGACAAUUGUACAGCUGGAGAAUAUGUUAAAUAUGGACACGGUAUGCAAACUGGGUUAUGUGACACAGAUGCAAAAGCUUGCCUCAUUCAUUCUUGGUGUCCGUUGGAGAUUGAUGAAACACCUCAUGAACCUUUGUUGGGAAAUGCUACAAAGAAUUUCACUCUCCUCAUAAAAAACACCAUUCAGUACCAAAAAUUUGAUUUUACCAAGCGUAACCUUCUGCAACGGACUAUUGAAUAUGGAAAUCACUCCUAUCUGCACACCUGUACAUACCAUAAAGACAACGUGAAUGAUCGAUAUUGUCCAAUUUUUGUGUUGUCGCAAAUUGUGGAAUAUGCUGGUGCAGACUGGCAUGACCUGGCAGUGAAUGGUGGAGUAUUGGGUAUAUUCAUCAAAUGGGAUUGUGAUCUUGAUCAAGGGUUUACAGCUUGCGUACCAAAGUACAGCUUUAGCAGAAUGGACAAGAUUAAUAGCAGUAUAGCCAAGGGAUACAACUUCAGAUACCCCGUUUAUUUUAAAGAAAACGGUGAUAAUCGUAUGCAUCGUCAAUUGAUCAAAGCAUAUGGUAUUCGAUUUCAAAUCAUUGUCAGUGGUCAGGCAGGAAGAUUCAGCAUCGUUCCAUUAGCAUUGAACAUUGGCUCUGGCAUAGCACUGUUGGCAAUAGCAACAGUCAUUUGUGAUUUAUUGGUCAAUUAUGUUGUGAAAAAACGCAAAUACUACAGAGAAAACAAGUACCAACUAGUAGAAGAUGAGGAGACACUGUUACCAGUGGAAGACGAUGACCAGCAUAAGGUUCCAAUGUUAAGAAGUGAAAGAGACAGUCUUAACAGGAGUACUGAAGACACCAAGAAAUAUACUAAGUAAUUGGUUGAAAGGAUUUCGUAGUGAAAUGAUUGCAAUUUACU